UUGACACGUUUCACUGAUUUAGUGACAAACAAAUGGAAACUGAUCAGAUCAUCAUUGGAGUUGCUGAAAGCACAAAAUAGAAAAUCCAUAGGAAAAAAAAGAAAAAUUAAGAAAUUAGAAACCUGCUAGCCUCAUGCAUCUCAGAUUCUCAGUUUUUUGGAUAAAAUCAAAAAGAUAAACUUUGGUGAAAGAAGGCACACAAAAAGAGAAGAGAAGAGAGGGAGAGAAAAAAAGAAAAGCAGAGAGGUUUCACGUUCAGGUUCAGUUUCACUUUCACGAGCCUAUCACCGACCCUCUGCUCCUGCAACUUCCUACUUAAACCACUGCCAACUCUGAAAGAAAGAAUAAAAUAUCCCCAUUUAGUUUGGUUGGUGAAAGUUGAAACCUUUUCACGGGCUCAAGUAGCAGCUUUGCCUUGUUUUAUUUUUGUCAGCCACUACCCUGGUUUUGUUUUUCAAAGAUCUGAUCUGGGUUUUGGAUGUUUCAAUGUGAGAGCUAAGAUUUUGCUGUUGGGGUGUUGUUGUUUUGGUGCAUAGUGAUAGAAAAAGUAAAGGUGGGAUUUGUAAAGGGGUGGAGAUGGAUCGUUCUGCGAUGACUGUUGGGCCAGGAAUGGAUAUGCCAAUCAUGCAUGAUAGUGAUAGGUAUGAGCUGGUCCGUGAUAUUGGGUCGGGGAAUUUUGGGGUGGCUAGGCUCAUGAGGGACAAGCACACUGAGGAGCUUGUUGCUGUGAAGUAUAUUGAGAGAGGUGAAAAGAUAGAUGAAAAUGUACGAAGGGAAAUUAUAAAUCAUAGAUCAUUGAGGCAUCCCAAUAUUGUCAGGUUCAAGGAGGUCAUACUAACCCCUACACAUUUGGCUAUUGUGAUGGAAUAUGCCUCUGGAGGAGAAUUAUUUGAACGGAUUUGCAAAGCAGGAAGAUUUGGUGAAGAUGAGGCACGCUUCUUCUUCCAACAACUUAUAUCAGGGGUUAGCUUCUGUCAUGCAAUGCAAGUAUGCCAUCGUGACUUAAAGUUGGAGAACACAUUGUUGGAUGGUAGUCCAGCUCCUCGUUUGAAGAUUUGUGAUUUUGGGUAUUCGAAGUCCUCUGUACUACAUUCACAACCAAAAUCUACAGUCGGUACCCCUGCAUACAUUGCUCCUGAAGUUUUGCUUAAGAAAGAAUAUGAUGGCAAGAUUGCAGAUGUGUGGUCCUGUGGGGUGACCUUAUACGUCAUGUUGGUAGGUGCAUAUCCUUUUGAGGAUCCAGAGGAACCUGCAAAUUUCCGAAAGACAAUUCAGAGGAUUUUGAAAGUCCAGUACUCAAUUCCUGAUUAUGUUCAUAUAUCUCCCGAAUGUCGUCAUCUAAUCUCAAGGAUCUUCGUUGCAGAUCCUGCACAGAGAAUAACUAUUCCUGAUAUUCGAAGCCACGAGUGGUUUUUGACGAACCUUCCGGCAGAUCUGAUGGUGGACAGCACAAUGAGCAACCAGUUUGAGGAGCCUCAUCAGCCAAUGCAGAGCGUUGAAGAGAUCAUGCAGAUAAUUAGAGAGGCUACAAUUCCUGGAGCCAAAACUCAGUCUCUCAACCAGUAUCUCACUGGUAGCUUGGACAUGGAUGAUGAUGACAUGGACGAGGACCCAGAGACAGAUUCUGAUCUUGAUAUUGAUAGCAGUGGAGAAAUAGUUUAUGCAAUGUAAGUUGCUACCAGACACACUGUAAACUGAAUUCUCUCAUCAAUUUAUAACAGAUACAGUGGAUUGUUCAGUGAGAUUGUAAGAGUGUGUAUAAGAAAAAUAUUUCACAUAUGAAGGGGAAGGAUUCUAUGAUUAAAAUCUUAUAUUCUCAGGAUCCACUCUGCUUGUAUUUUAUGAUCUUUAAUGAUCCAAUCUUAUCUUUCAUUUCUGGUA